UUCUAGAAAUUACCAGGGAAUAACAGCAGUGGGUGGUACAGCGAUAACGACUAGUCCAAAACAGCGGCGAGCGAGCGGAUGAACAAGCAGUUGGUCAACCAUGUCUGAGACCAUGACACCUCAAAGGAAGCCCUCGGUUAACAAGAAUAUAAAGAAGCUUCGUACACUGAGCGUGGUGUGCAACCUGGCGAAGAGCUGGCAGCAGUGGGUCUGCGAGAACGAAGAAAAGCAGGCUAGCGAACCCGCGGGCUGGACCCCGGACAGCAUUGGCAAGCCCAAAACUGAAAAGAAAGAGCCAAAGAAACCUGUUUUUACCAAGAGUAGGACAAAGCCAUCUCAGGACAAUGAGAAAGCACCAGAGGAGUCGCGCAUUAAGACCAAACAGGUGGUAAAAACAGUGACGCGAGAUGUGCAGGAGAAAAGCGCGGGAAUCGAGUUCUUGACCGAACGCAUUUGUAAAGACACGAAGGCGGAGGAGUUGGACAGGAUGCUGAAGAAUAAGAGUUCACCCACUCGGCGUAGGAAAUGCGCCAACGUGGUGUCAGAGCUCACACAGAGCUGGAAGACGGUCGAGAAUGAACGGAAGAGAGCCGGGGAUUCCAGCGAGGACAGCGGGAUCUCUGAGGCCAAGGAGCGAAUUCUGGAGCGGGACGUUUCAGAGAAACAGGAUAACGAGGAAGAGAAUCAAACAGAAUCAUCAUCAGUGAGGAUCAAGAGACCAUCACUCGGCGCCAAGAAGGAAACUGAGGACGCCAAUAAAAUAAACGCCCUCUCUAGCAAGUACAGCGCUGUGGGGAACCUCAAGAACCGCUGGCAAAACUGGGCAUCGGAGCACAGCACCAGCCAGAAGCUGAACCCCUUUAGCGAUGACUUCGACUACGAGUACUCCAUGUCCUUGCGUCUGCAUAAGGGCGAGGAGGGCUACGGCAGGCCCAAGGAGGGCAGCAAGACGGCGGAGAGAGCCAAACGGGCCGAGGCGCACAUCCAACGGGAGAUCGCUCACUUGUGCUUCAUUAUCAGCACCAUGGCUAACCCUGACCCGGACGGCUACACCCGGAUCACGUUCGGUGAGCUGUUUGAAAGAUAUGUUAGGAUUUCAGACAAGGUGGUGGGCAUCCUAAUGAGGGCCAGGAAGCACGGAAAGGUGCACUUCGAAGGGGAAAUGCUGUGGCAGCGUCAGGACGAUGACGUCAUCAUUACACUGCUUGUGUGACGCAAACAUGAAGAUGUUUUAUAACAUAACGCACAACAAAAGGAGCGUUGACUUUGCUGCUAUAGAACGAAUAAUAAUAAUAAUAAUAAUAAUA